AUGAGCGACGAGGGGUUUGAAGAUCUCUUUAUAUUGGACACCGACCCGGAGGAGUUGUACGAAGAGUUGGGCCCCAUUGGUGUAGGGAACUAUGGAUCUGUUAUAAAGGCACGGAACCGUCAUACGCAGGAAAUCACUGCCAUCAAGCUCGUGUUGUUGGUUGACAAAGAUGAGCGGGACUUCGUGCAGCGGGAGAUUAGCAUAUUAAAGCAUUGUAGGCACCCGAACAUUGUGCACUACUAUGGUGCUCACAAGUCUCUUAGUAAGUUAUGGAUUGUAAUGGAGUACUGUGAAGGUGGAUCCAUUGAUAUGGUUUAUAAGGUGUUGCGGCACCCCUUGCCAGAGCCACUGAUUGCCUAUGUUUGCCGUCAAGUGUUGCUUGGGCUGCAAUACCUCCACGCAAAUCGAAAGAUACACCGAGACAUCAAGGGUGGUAACAUUUUGCUGACGCGUGAUGGUGGAGUGAAACUCGCUGAUUUUGGUGUAAGCACGGAGUUGUCCCACUCCCUCUCGCGUCGUAACACAUUUGUGGGCACGUUAUUGUGGAUGGCGCCGGAGGCCAUUUUGGAGCUCGAUUAUGACGAGAAAGCUGAUCUGUGGAGUUUAGGUAUUACAUUGAUUGAAAUGGCGGAGGGCGCACCACCGUAUAUUGACACUCACCCAGCGCGUGCCUUGUUUAUGAUUCCGAAGAUGGAUCCACCCUCGCUCCAGGACAAGGAACGGUGGUCGCCACAAAUGACACUUUUUCUCAAAAGGUUACUGACAAAGGAUCACAACGCUCGCCCGACAGCCACGACAAUGCUUAACGACCCCUUUGUACUACCGGAGAAUAUUGGUACGCAGGAGCAGCUUAAAGCCGUUAUAGAUGAGGUGCUUGCUAAGAAAGCUUCAAUAGACCCGCAACGUAUGCGCGACUACACGGAUUCGAGCGCAACAUUCGUGGAAAGGACGUCUUCCGAUGGUGGAGGUGGGGAUGAUCACAGCACGGACAGCAGGGAUGAGGUUCAGCCGCACUUAACAGCAAAGGGCCUCACCAACGCUCCCGCGAAUUCGAUAGAGGCGUUGGACGGGGCCGGAACUCACCUCUUCUUCCAGGAUGGUACACUCCUACCACUGCCUAUGCUCUACACACAGGACAUAAGUUUCGAUGAACUUUGUGUUGGUGAGGAGCUCAAUGGGCCAUUUUCAUUACCAGUGCCUAGUGUGGAGUCGUUGUUGGUUCCCCCUGAACAGCAGUCAACGGCUUGUCACGGCGGCGAGGCGCUGGCGCACACCAUGCACGUAACGGCGAAGCUGAAGGAGAUGCUGUAUUACCACAAGCAGCUUCCUUACUGUCGCGGUCUCACAGACGCGGAGGCAGCGAAGUCCAGGGAAAUGCAGCUAAAGUAUGGGUCUGUGUUGAAGAGUGUCUACCGCCUGUAG